GUCAACAGUGGGGACAGCGCUGGUGAGAGUCUACAAGAAGUGCUAACAGGAGGGAGAUUGGGGGAAACAAUGACCCACAGAGUCAUCACAAUGCUAUUCAAGAAAGGGGAUAAGGCGGACGUGAAAAAUUGGAGACUGAUAUCCCUACUCAACAUCUCCUACAAGAUCCUCGCGAAGACAUUGGCGAGGAGGCUGGCCGGCCACUUACCGGACUUAGUACAAGGUGACCAGGGGGCCUUUGUGCAAGGGCGGUCAAUCUUCAACAACAUAGUGACCGCCAUUGAGGUGUUAGAAGUGGUACAGUCAGAGAAUGUGGACGUAGCAGUGCUCCUCCUAGAUCUCGAGAAAGCCUAUGACAAGGUGGGAUGGACCUUUGUCCUCACGACGCUCCGGCAUAUGGGUUUUGGGCCGGGCUUCUGCAAAUGGACGAUAGCAAUGUACACCUGUGCUACCGCUUCAGUUGCAGUCAACGGGCACCUGUCUCUCCCGUUCAGAUUAACGAGAUCCUUAAGGCAAGGUUGCCCACUUGCUCCGCUGCGUUUUGUUCUGCAAAUGGAGGUCCUACUCAAUAGAAUCCGAAGGCACCCAGAUAUCAGAGGGCUCCAGUUGCGAGAGAACUCUGCGUGCACCGUCAAGGCCCUGACGGACGACCUAUUCACAGUUUGUGAGAACUCGGUAUCUACCCUAUACGCACUUAAAGAAGCCAUGGCGGAAUACUCUGCACUCUCCGAGGCAUCAGUCAAUUGGUCAAAAUCAACGUACCUACUGCCAAAAGAGUUCUCACUAAAAGUGGAAUGGGGAAUGCGCAGGGUGGAGGAAGCGCCUGAGCUCGCACGACUCUUGCACACCGGUUGGAUUACCAACCAAGGUGUUCCGGAAGACAUAGUGAGCGACCGAGACACUCGUUUCAUGUCAGCCUUUUGGACUUCUCUCAUGACUGAGUCCGGCACGACAAUGAAGUCGAGCUCGGCUAGGCACCCGCAGACGGAUGGUCAGACGGAGCGAGCGCACCAGACUGCUCAGAUGAUGUUGCGUACGCUCAUCCGUCCCGACCAGAAAGAUAGGGUUGACCGGCUUCCCGACAUCGAGUUCGCCUACAACACUUCGGUGCACCCGGCGAUCUGUGUCACACCAUUCGAGCUACAUCAUGGUGGAGAGAAAGCACGGAUCUUCGCUGAUCUCCUUUUGCCACAGGCUGCCGACAUAGACGUCCCUUGCUCUCCCGCUUCUGUCAGGAAGUAUCGGGACUUGCUGAUCAAAGCCCGCGUCAAUAUGCAAAAGGCUCAGGUCCGCAUGCAGCAGCAAGCUAACCGACGUCGACUUCCAUGUCCUUUCCGCGAGGGAGACCUUGUUUGGGUCCUCUCCGAGGAAUUUGCGCUCGAGCAGGAUGUUUCGCGCAAACUCCUUCCGAAAUGGUUCACUUCUGCCGUUGGAGACGACCCCGCAGGUCCUUCCUUCGUGAUCAACAUUCCACCGCACCUAACAGUGCAUCGGGUCUUCCAUGCAUCGAAGUUGGCCAUCUACAUGCCACCUCCAGCUGACGAAUUCCCCGGACGUCGAUCACAGCUCGAUUGUCCCCGCACAUGCACAUGGGGGAGAUACCACGGAUGAAGAGAUGGGGGAGAGGCGAGACGAAGAUGGAGGUGAGGGAGAAGACCAAGAUCGCCAUAGCGAAGUCCAAAAAUAGUCUCCCUGCCGAAUGUCCAAUCAAUGUCUGCCACAAAA